AUGCCGUCCGUCGCAAAUCUUGACUUUGAAAACCCCGUGGGGUUAUCGUCGUCGCAAAUCGAAACCAUCGCCAUUAUUGGCGGUGGAGCUUCCGGCGCGAUUAUCUUGGACGCCUUGCUCAAGGAACCUCACUCGAAAAUCAAAAAGAUUACCGUUUUUGAAAGACAGGCUAAAUUGGGAGGAGUAUGGUUGUUCAACCCGCAAACGAUAAAGACCCCCAACCACCUUAUCAAGUCGGGCAAUUUGAACUUGGAGAAUGACCCGCAGUUGUCUAAUCCGUUCCUCGAACAUAAGUACACGAGGAAGAUUAUCCUUCCCAAGAAUCAACAGGAGCGAUUUGUGCAGACUCCAAGCUAUCAUGGAAUCAAGACCAACAUCAUUGAACAGAUGAUGACUUAUAGCGAUGCCAAUAAAUGGGAUACAACUGAAGAAGAUACGAAAUACGUCGUGGGGACAGUUGUCCAGGAUUACAUUGAGAAGUACAUCGAGAGGAACUUGUCCGAUCCAAGAGUGGACUUGAAGUUGAAUUCGACAGUGGAAGACGUCGAGAGAAUAGCUCGAAAUGAUGGUUAUGAUGAUGACAAGAUUCAGGCUGACAUUCCGUACCGUUUCAAAGUUACAGUACGUACACCACACGAUGAACAUCAAGACCUCUGGUACCAGCAGGAAUUCGACUCGAUUGUCGUGGCCACGGGCCAUUACCAUGUCCCCUUUAUACCCCAUGUACCAGGUUUGAAACAAGUGCAAGAAACAUUUCCCGAUCUAGUGCAACAUGCUAAAUUUUAUCGCAAGUCGGAAGACUACAAAAACAAGACUGUUGUCGUGGUGGGAUCACGUGCAUCAGGGUGUGACUUGACGAAAUUCGUGGCUCGUGAACCGCAUGCUACCGUAUACCAAUCGAUUCGGAACUUUGACCGAACGAGAUUCUUCUCAUCUCGACCUAAUGUCAUUAUCAAGCCCCCGAUAUCCAAUUUCGCCAUUGACAAUAAACACAAUAAACUCACGGUCAAUUUCGAAGAUGGGUCGAGUUUAGUCCAGCCAGAUCACGUCAUUUACUGUACGGGGUAUUUAUUCUCGUACCCCUAUUUGAACCGCUUAUUUGACAAUAGCAUCACCUAUGAAGGUCAAACAGUUUCCAACUUGUACCAGCACACGUUCCUAAUUCAGGAACCAUUGAUUCCCUUUGUGGGUGUGCCAAUAGAUGGCAUAUCGUUUAGAGUAUUUGAGUACCAAGCUGUCUUGGUGUCGAGAUUCCUCACUGGUAAAAUCCAAUUACCAGCUAGAAAUCACCAAUUGCAGUGGGUCAAAGAGCGAUACCAGACAAAACAAAAUACCAGGUUAUUCCAUACUAUUGGUGUGGUUGACGCGUUAGCAUAUUUGCAAACUUUGACUCAAUUGGGCCAAGUUUCUAGUAAAGUCGGCGUGGGACGGGAAUUCCCCGCGAUGACUCCCGAGGACGUUCUUGUUUAUAAGGAAGCUGGGGAAACUUUAAGAAAGUUUUGGGAUGAAAGAUGA